GAGUUGCUUAUUUCUUUAAGGCAUUGGCAGGUUUUCCCCCCAGGCUGCAUAUGCCAAACCGCAGCUAAAAGCUUACCACUUAACCACGGAAAGAAAAUCUUGAAAGCGAUUCAUGAGUCUACACCGAAAACACUACAGCUAUAAUUAAAUCAACUCUUAAAGCAGCAUAACUCUUUUUAGGGCUGAAAUUGCACUCCUUACUUUAAGCAUCGUUGGAGAAAGAGGAGGAGAGAGUUUGAGUGGAACCCUUAAAACAUCUUCAUGUGAAGGUUUGGAAACUCCUUUCAACGUACUAAACAUUCACCAAGGCUUCCUGCGAGCGCUGGAGUUUGUCCUUUCACUGCUGGCUGAAUUCUCAUCCCGCCUGACCUCCAGCAGCCGGCUGAGGGCCCGUCCCCAACCCGGCAGCAGCUGUGCUGUGGGGAAGGGCGGCAGCGGGGCUGCAGGCGGGCGCAGCCCGGCGCCCGCAGAGCCCUGAGGGGCAGCGCGCAACAGCCGCGGCGCCGCCCGCCCGACGCGCCCCUGCGGCCCCGGAGCACCUGCGGCCCCGCGCCCGGCGGGCAGCCCCGGGGCACCUGCGCCCCCGCGCCCGUGCUGCGGGCGGGUCACGGCCGGGGCUCCCCGAGGCGGCCUGCGCCCGUUCCCCGCGGUUCGCCCGCCCCCCACCGCGCCACUCCCCGUCCCUCCUCCCCUCCCGCAGCCGCCCCCCUCUCCCGGUCCCGCGGAGCGGCGCGGAGCCCCCGCGGCAUGGCGGGGCGGGCGGCCGCGGUGCGGCUGUGCGCGGCGGCGGCGGUGCUGUGCGCGGCGGCGGCGGAGCUGCGGCUGACCCUGCUGCACACCAACGACGUGCACGGGCGGGUGGAGGCGCAGGGCGCGGGGACGCGGAGCUGCGCGGGCGCGGAGGGGACGGCGGGCUGCUUCGGCGGCGUGGCGCGCCGUGCGGCGCGGGUGGCGGCGGCGAGGGCCGGGCACCGCAACGUGCUGCUGCUGGACGCCGGGGACCAGUACCAGGGCACGGUGUGGUUCUCCCGCUUCAGGGGCCGGGAGGCGGUCCACUUCAUGAACCUCCUGCGCUACGAUGCCAUGGCUUUGGGAAACCAUGAGUUUGAUGGAGGUGUGAGCGGAUUAUUAGAUCCUCUUCUUAAAAAUGCUAAUUUUACAAUCCUGAGUGCAAACAUUAAGGGGAAAACCCCACUAGGAAAUGAAAUGAUGAAAUAUGUUAAACCUUUUAAAAUAAUACGUUUUGACUCAGAAUCGGUAGGAAUUGUUGGAUACACUACAAAGGAAACUUCUUUUCUUUCACAGCCAGGGGAUGAUGUAAUCUUUGAAGAUGAAAUUGAAUCACUGCAAGUACAAGUGAAUGAACUCACUGCUAUGGGAGUGAACAAAAUAAUUGCACUAGGACAUUCUGGGUUUACUGUGGACAAAGAUAUUGCCCAGAAAGUGAAAGGAGUGGAUGUUGUAAUUGGAGGACAUACAAACACAUUUCUCUAUACAGGCACCCCACCCUCUACUGAACAGCCAGCUGGCCCGUAUCCAUUCAUGGUUGACUCAGAUGAUGGGAGAAAGGUGCCAGUUGUACAAGCUUAUGCUUAUGGAAAGUACCUUGGUUACCUAAAUGUUACAUUUGACGAGAAAGGAAACGUAGUUGAAGCGGUUGGAAACCCCGUUCUGCUGGACAGCAGUGUUCCUGAAGAUGAGCACAUUAAAGAAGAAGUGGAAAAAUGGAGGAAAAACCUUGGGAACUAUUCUCAAGAAAUUGGAAAAACUAGUGUUUACCUGAACGGUACAAGCCAAGCAUGCCGUUUCCAAGAAUGUAACAUGGGAAAUUUGCUCUGUGAUGCUGUGCUUUAUGAGAACGUCAGACGUCCGGGUAAAAAGUCGUGGAACCAUGUUUCAAUGUGCAUCCUGAAUGGAGGUGGGGUACGGUCACCCAUUGAUGAAGAGAGCACUAACGGUAGCAUUACUGUGGAAGAUUUGCUUUCUGUUUUGCCAUUUGGAGGUCGUUUCGAUUUGGUAAGAGUAAAAGGCUCCACUCUGAAAGAAGCUUUUGAGCACAGUGUGCACAGAUACGGAAGAGGGAGCGGAGAGCUGCUGCAGGUUGGAGGCAUCCAUGUGGUCUACGAUCUCUCCAGAGCCCCAGGAAGCAGAGUUAUGAACUUAGAAGUGCUUUGCACCGCCUGCCGCGUCCCAGCCUAUGUCCCCCUCCAGAUGGAUGAAAUAUACAAUGUGACUCUUCCAUCCUAUAUGUUAUUUGGAGGAGAUGGCUACCAUAUGCUGAAAGACAAAAAUCUGGGGUACACUAAAGGUGAACCUGAUAUUGAGGUUGUUUCCCGUUACCUUCAGAGAAUGAAGAGAGUUUACCCAGCAGUUGAAGGUCGAAUAAAGUUUUCUUCUGGAAGUCUUAUUGAAGCAAGCCUUACCCUGAUUUCUGUAUUGAUCACUGUAAUAUUCUUGCAUACUUGAUUUUUGGUCACUGUGUGUUUGUUUGGAUGGAGGCAGGAGGAGAGAUGAUGCUGAUGAAGGGAAAAGAGAAAAGUUCUCUUUUCUACACCUGAAAAUGAACAAGUGUGUAGGUUUCUGCAUGUCAGCAGUAAGCAGCACAAGCCAUUGUCUUUGAAGAGUCUUUAAGAUACAAGAAAAUACACAGCGCAAGCUCCGCAUUAAGAGUCAUUGAAGCACACUGUGCAGAAUGAGUUGACAGAAUUCGUGACUUCUCUUAGUCUGAAGCAGCAGGUACCCACAGGGCAGUUCCAGGUUUCAAGAAGCAAAGUUUCCAGUGAAUACUAAUGCUCCAUCGUAAAACCACCACACUCACCCAAAUGGGGUAUUUUUAACUUGUAAAAUUCUUUUACCCGCUUUAGAUAUUGAGUUGAUUCCAGUAAUGUAAAGCUUCUAGAAAUGGAUUUAUUAUAGGUGUAUAUACCUUUCUUUGAUUUCUGCUCAGCGUUAAAGCUUUCAGUCUAAUAAUUCUGCUUCGCUUCCAGUCAUAUUUAUCAUACCUGCACCAGUGCCUGAAAGACCUGGAUUAACCUCAGUGUCGUUCAAAGUAUGAAGUCUGUUUACAUGCAAUUAUUUUUUUUCCCAUUUGGCUUUUGAAGAUGCAACAUCUCACUUAUUAAUGGAAAACAUAAAGGAUGUGAUGAAAGCUUAGUUUUAUUUUGAUCAUUUAUAACAAAUUGAAUAUAUACAAUUCAAUUUGAAUAUAUUCAAAUUGAAUAUAUACAAUUGGGGACUGUAUCUAGAGUGAGAACACAAUCUAUGACUGCGUUUCAUAUAAAUAUGCUCACUUUUAAACCUUUUUCCGAAGACCAAAGCACAGGACUCCUGCCCAUUACCCUAUUUGUGACGUUCAGAGGGAAUGCUGGAUACAUGCAGCGACUCCUGCAGCGCUGUGGCAUCCUUUGGAAGUAGUCCAGCAAUGGGGCUUUUUGCAGCAUAACCUGGCUUUGUGACACUUGUGAUCAUAACUCAAAAGCCCGUCCCUGCUAUGGAAAGACCGUGUUUAAAAAAUACACAGUUGUAAGAGGCUAAUGAGUAUAAAAUCAGAACACAUUAAAUGCUAAGUGUACAUUUCUGUACAAUUUAUCGAGAAGUGAUGGCUUAUAAAUGAGUGCAAACGAUUUUUUUUCUACAAUUGUUCACAUUUGUAAUUUCAACAUCAAUGUGUUUCCGUAUUGUUUACUGCUGUAUUAAACUGCCUAUCGGUGUUUUGAAUAAACCAGCUUUGUUUUUCUGGAAAGCGUACUAUACUUCUUCAGACCAAAGCUACUCACCUCUUAAAUUCACUGCACCUGCAGAUUUCAAGGAGGAGGUGCAUUAAGAUAAACACUCAGUAUGUUUAAAUUUCAAGACCCCAUUAUUUUCCACAUAAAUUCAAGGGUUGUGCCUGAAAAGAUCUGGGCUACGCAGCGGCAUUAGGUAAGUUGUGUUAGAACGGGGAGACAAACACCAACUGACCUUGACACACUACUAGUUACAACACGGCAUCGAUUGAUUUGUCACUACCAGUCCCUAAAGUUGUUAAUUUACAGAGUGGUCUUCCUCCAAUCAAUGUAAUACCAGUAACGAAGAGUGCGCUUACAGGCCAAGCUGCACCUGCACACCAGUUUUGAAGAGGUAACAAAUCCUUUGGCAUACCCAGAAAGAAAUAACACUUCAGCCUUCUUUUGACAAACAGAAGGAAAAGGUCUGCAGAAAUAAUACAGAUAAUGCAAGCUGUAUUGACAACACUAAUACUGCAUUAGGUUGUUCGUAAAAAAGGAGUGGGUGUUGUCUGAAAAGAAAAAUUAAAAUAGCCCUGUAUUGUUCUGCAAGUAAAACUUGUUAAAAAUGCAAGCACGGAAGUCCCUUUCGAAGUCUCAUAAAAAGGCUAGGGCAACAAAUUAAGAUUUACAGGAAAAAUCUCCCAUGCAUUUUUUUAUACUAAUACAUUUUUAGAGAAGGCUAUGAACACUCACAUCUUCUUUUCUAAGCCUGUAAAGAAAGCAUGUCAGAAAAAACCCGACAGAACCUAGGAAAAAAGCAGAAAAAUAAAGCCUAUGGUAAAAGUCUAACUUUUUUGACCACUUUUCACACCCAUUAUUAUUUUAAGAGUCCUUUAGAUCUGAAGGUCAGCUAUUAAAUAAACUAAAUCACACAUGUGGUCUUCCACGCUCACAGGAAGCGCAAAAGCCAAAGAUAGUUCUGAGACUUAUUUGUAUGCAAUAGAUUCAAUCGUGUAAUUUUGUUUCAAAAAAAUUAGUAAGAUUUGUCGAGACAGUUAAAAAUACCUCCAUGGGACCAUUGUGCAACUUCUUCCAAACAAUUUUUCUACAUAACCUUUAAGGAAGACAACAGUAAUUGCUCUUUUAGCAAAGCAUAUAUUGGCUGAUCUCCCAGAUGUCUUAUUUUAUGUCAUCCUGUAAUUUCACAUGCGGAGAUUUUGGGGAAAUUAACUUGACUUUUACUGAUAACAGCUAAAACAAAUUUUAAAUAAAAAGUACAGAUACAUUAUUUACUUGUAAUUGGUAUUAAAUUUUAAUGUCUUUAUUGCAUAAAGAUUUUUUUAGAACUUAAUUUUUAUGUUAUUUACAAGAAAAUAUACAAUGCAAGGCUAAAACGUCACAUGUCCAUUACAAUAGUGCACAGCAGAUGUCUCUGCUGGGUGUCCAGCAAGGUCCCUGCAUUCACAUCCAGCACGACACAGAGCUGGCCUCCUUCGGACCCUGUCAAACAGUUACAGACAAAAAAAAAAAUAUUACUUGCUA